UAUUAAUUAUGCCAAAUUAGAAUGCUAAAUUCGAUGAUCCUAUAAUCUGCUACAGAACCCUUGAACAAGACGUUGGGACGGAUCUAGUAAUUAUAGCUUUAAUAUUUCAUUCAGAAUAUUGCCAUACAAUUGGUGGCGGAAGAUUGUGACGUUCCAGGAUCACGAUACGAAAAGGUUUUUCUUGCAAAUAAGCCCAUGCAGUCACCUAUUUUGGCAUCAAAUCUUCAACAUCUGAAAUCAGGCUUUGAAGAAUAUGUCUUAACGCAUGGGAAUAGUUUAAAUAGCAAGUGUAAUUCUUGCUUCCCAUGUUGGGAGCAUCUCAAGGUUGGGAGUGGACGAGCAUGCUGCUCGGAAACUGAACUGGUGAUGGAAGCAGUGAUAGUAAUAAGUAAUGUAUCAAAGGACAACAGUACAUGCUUGAGAGAAAGUGGUGAUAAAACAGAGGUUAUGUAUUUCAAAGAUUUCUCACUUUGCACAAUUCCUCAAUCAUCUAUGAAGGCGUUGAAAAGCGUUGGCUGGAGAAGAUAUGGUUUGAAUUUAACAGGCACAGCGCAGCAAGAUGGCCGUGCAUUAGUAGAAUGGGAAAACUUGCCAACGGAUACUCAAAUUGAUAUUGUGCUUCACUCCUAUCAUCAACAAUAUCCAGCUUCUUCUGAGAAAUCAUUUGAUGCUUUUCUUGAACAGACACAUUACUGCAUAGAAAGUAGCGCAUAUUUCAGUACGGAAAUAGUACUUUAUCUCUUGCCUAUAGUACAGUUCGAAAAACAUCUUACCAUGAUACGGGCACCAAGGAAAGAGUCUCAAACUGGUAGGAAUCUUGUUAAAAGAGCCGUUAAACUCUCAUUGGAUGACUUGAAGAACAAGCAUGCAGGAGCUCUUUUAAGUGCCCGUGCUACUAAGAUCUGCAGUUAUGCCCCUGAUCUGGGAAAAACAAUUGCUGGUUUGAUUUUGUCCUCUAAUGACUUGGAAUUCCAAGGAGAAUGCUUAUCACUUCUUGGAUUACAGUCUCAAAGAGUAGGAGCUGAAACUGUGGAAAACCGUAUUGUACAAAGGAUUGUUUCAGUGAUAGAGAUGAACGACAAAAAGGAUCAGAAAACUCAAGAAGCUGCACCUUUCCUUUUUGAUGACGACCGUCUCCGGGAAGAAGAGUUUCAAGAAAACGAUGAAGAAGGUGAUUAUAACAUGACGGCACUAGAAGAUUAAAGUUUUAUAUAUUUUACAAAUUAGCCAGACGCUUCAUUACU